ACUGCAAAUGGCAAACCAUAAGCUUACCACAGACCAAAAUCUCUAGGGAGAAUCCAACCCUCGACACCCGUAUUGGUUGUUGUUGUUGUAGCAGUGUGCUUUAUGCUGUGGCGGCAGCCCUUGUCGAUGAAGAACUCCAACGAGUCAAUCUGACACUGCCAAAAAGUUUUACCCUAACUUCUAAAGAAUUUAAUAAUUUUGACACAAUGUCCUUUGAAGUAAACAGCCGACAGAAUUCAUCUACUAGAAAUGCACAAUCACCACAGCUACAAAUGCAACAGGCAGCAGGCCGUCAUCAAGCCCAGCAACAGGAACUUGCACAAGUGGCCAACACUCAACAACAAUCUUCCCUGAUGUCUGCAUCACCGGCAUUGCCUUUGGUGCGACAAGAGGAAGCUAUGGUUAACUUAAACCACAACUUGGUGUUCACUAGCAAUACACACCAACAGUUGUCUGCAGCUGUAGCAACACCUACGAUUACUGAAAAUUCCCAUUUGGAUUUGAUGAUGGUCGAAAAUGUUAUGCCCGGCAUAUAUUUGACAAAGAAUUUCAUAUCAUGGAAACGAGAGCAGCUGAGAACCCAUGGCUUUACACAUGUCAUUAUAAUCGAUAAACAUAUACAGGAAUUGUACUAUCCAAAUCAACAACCAGAUAUAUUUAAACUCUGCCCCUCAACCAAGUAUGCUGCUGCUGCUGCUACAAAAAGGAAUUCAAUUGCUAAUGAUGGCAUACACGAUGACAGUUCCUCAAUCAAUGAAUUUAUUGACUACCAGAAUAGUACAAUGCCGGGAGCUGCCUUAAAUUUUGAUAAGGAAUUCGAGGUGAUCGAUUUGAACUUUGGCGAAAAAUCCUAUCUGACUACAGUUCUGCCGAAUUGUUACAGAGCAGUGAAAUUCAUCAAAAAGGCACUGCAAAGCGGUGGCACUAUAUUGGUGAUUGACUGUAAUGGUGGUGAACAAAAGUGUUUGACCAUCAUUGUUGCAUAUUUAAUGUAUAAGGAUAAUAUUAGUUUUAGCAAUGCCUUUGCCCGCCUUAAAGAAUUUUACAAAAAAGCCGAUCUGGAUCGUUUUUACAUAAGUCAACUCUAUGAGUAUGAGCCCAUACUACAAGUACAACGUGCACAAUCUCGGGGCCAUAGUUGUUCCAGAGAAUUGCAUGCUGCCAUUUUGAAACGUAAAAAAACACACGAGGAGGAAGACACAUUGGACAACAACAAUCCCUCUGCUAACUACUUAUCAGCAUACCCCAAUGCCAGUACAUUAUUUGACAAUUGUAAUCCUCUAAAUCAAUUUGAUACAACACAAAUGGGUUUCAAAAUACCCAACAACGAUUGCAAUGCCAAUGCUGUAAUGGCCAAUUGUAAUAGUGCUGCCUCAUCGGGUCUAACUUUUACACAUUUUAUGAGUGGUGCAAGAACUGGGGGCUGGUACAAUUGGGAGGAUUAUGCCAUGGAGUGAAUAUAAAGAUUCAAUGUUUGAAUCUUUGAAUGAGAAGCAGUUGCAAAUAUCUCAUGCUUACUCAAACUUACUUUUUAAAGUCUUUGACCAUGAAGCAGUUGGAUGUUUAUUGUAAAAUUAUAGUUUGUAAUGAAAGUUCUACUUAGUUUGAUUUUUCAAUUGUCAGCAAAAUUGGAAAAUAUUUGAAUUUCAAUUGAUUUUGUAUUUAUAAAGACAUGCUUAUUAAUUGUUCAAUGUAACCUUGAAGUAUAAACUAUAACAGAAAUUAGUUUCAGUUACUUUUAAUUUUCUUGAUUUUUUCUCUUAAUUUUAUCGUAGCUGUAGGACUUGUUAUAAGUGUUUGUUUAGUUGUAAUAAUUUUGACGAUUUUUAGCUCACACUUUUAAGACACAAAAAUAAAACCAAUUAAAUAUGCACAACAUAUUGAAGAAACUUACAAAAUAGGAUUCAUUGAGAAAGGAAACUGAAUAAUUCCUUAGAGCAUCAUUUUACAUUAAAAUUUUUUAUGAUUUUUUUUUUAAUCAACUGACCCCCAUAUGGAGACAUAUUUAUUUAAAAUCAGUGUGCCCAUCUCUAAGCACCCAUUUCAUAUUACAUUGGUUCAUUCACAUUAAACAUUAUUACAAAAUUAUUUAUGUUUUUUUAGAUCAUCUCUUACAAUAGAUUUUUUUAUUGUAACUUCAAAUGUAAUUUUUAUUCUAAACUGAAUCUUGAAAUGAAAGAAAAAAACACAUAAAUCGAAUAUAAUUUCUGUAC